AUGCGCGUGAAAUCGUCAUGCACCCGCUAUUCUAGGAAGCAAUGGGCCGUCUCUCGUCCGCAACUCUCCAAAACCAUUGUCUUCAGCAUCGGGCCCGGUGCCACAGCGCAACCUCUACACCGUGACGACUCGAUCCAUCAGCGUGUUCCUAAGGCUGUGGAUGUGUACUCCGAGGGCCGCGAAGGUUUGCUACGCGAUAGUAGCAUUGGAUUCUUUGUGGCCGGCAAGAAAGCUACCAAAGCCAAUAGCGCCACUCGAUUCAUUCCAGGAAGUCACCUAUGGGACCACGACGCCCCGCCAAAUGAGGACUUGUGUGACUUUGCAGAGAUGAAACGUGGUGAUGCAUUCCUGAUGAUGGCCUCGUGUUUCCAUGGUGGAUCUGCCAACACCACGGCCGAUGAGAAGCGACUCAUUUUCUCAACCUUUAUGACCAAGGGCUACUUGCGGCAAGAAGAGAACAUCUAUCUCGCCGUGGAUUUGGAUGUCAUGAAAAAAUAUCCAGUUGAGAUUCAGAAAGUCGCUGGAUACAGCCUUAGCGAGCCAUUCUUGGGAUGGGUGGAUUCAGCAGACCCUCGCAAGCUGCUGGACAAGGAGAUGCCUACCAAUACCGACAUGUGGACAGGCAUCGAGGAGCCGAAGGAACUCAUCGCGGUCUAA